GGUUGGCGGGGACCCCGUCCGGAGCCGGAGGAGGGGGCGGCCGCGGGGCCUCCCGCCUCUGCUCCCGAGUCUCCGGGCACCAUGCUGUCCAACUCCCAAGGCCAGACCCCGCCGGUGCUGUUCCCAAACCCGCCGCCGCAGCCCCCCGCUCCCGCCCAGCCUCAUCCCCCGGCCCAGCCCCCGCCGCAGCCCCCGCAGCAGUUCCCCCAGUUCCAUGUGAAGUCGAGCCUGCAGAUCAAGAAGAACGCCAUCAUCGACGACUACAAGGUCACCAGCCAGGUCCUGGGACUGGGCAUCAACGGGAAAGUUUUGCAGAUCUUCAACAAGAGGACCCAGGAGAAAUUCGCCCUAAAAAUGCUUCAGGACUGCCCCAAGGCCCGCAGGGAGGUGGAGCUGCACUGGCGGGCCUCCCAGUGCCCGCACAUUGUGCGCAUCGUGGAUGUCUACGAGAACCUGUAUGCGGGGAGGAAGUGCCUGCUCAUCGUCAUGGAGUGUUUGGAUGGUGGAGAACUCUUUAGUCGAAUCCAGGACCGAGGAGACCAAGCAUUCACAGAAAGAGAGGCAUCAGAGAUCAUGAAGAGCAUUGGUGAGGCCAUCCAGUAUUUGCACUCAAUCAACAUUGCCCAUCGGGAUGUCAAGCCUGAGAAUCUCUUAUACACCUCCAGAAGACCCAAUGCCAUUCUGAAACUCACCGAUUUCGGCUUUGCCAAGGAAACCACCAGCCACAACUCUUUGACCACUCCUUGUUAUACGCCAUACUAUGUGGCUCCGGAAGUUCUGGGCCCAGAGAAGUAUGACAAGUCCUGUGACAUGUGGUCCUUGGGUGUCAUCAUGUAUAUCCUGCUGUGUGGGUAUCCCCCCUUCUAUUCCAACCAUGGCCUUGCCAUCUCUCCGGGCAUGAAGACUCGUAUUCGAAUGGGCCAGUAUGAAUUUCCCAAUCCAGAAUGGUCAGAAGUAUCAGAGGAAGUGAAGAUGCUCAUCCGGAACCUGCUGAAAACAGAGCCCACUCAGAGAAUGACCAUCACAGAGUUCAUGAACCACCCCUGGAUCAUGCAAUCGACAAAGGUCCCUCAAACCCCACUGCACACCAGCCGAGUCUUGAAGGAGGAUAAGGAGCGGUGGGAGGAUGUCAAGGAGGAGAUGACCAGUGCCUUGGCCACCAUGCGCGUUGACUACGAGCAAAUCAAGAUAAAAAAGAUUGAAGAUGCAUCCAACCCUCUGCUUCUGAAGAGGCGGAAGAAAGCUCGGGCCCUAGAGGCUGCAGCCCUUGCCCACUGAGCCUCCAGCCCCUCCUGCCCCACCGCAGGACAAGCAAUAACUCUCUACAUGAAUAUAUUUUUUAAACGAGGAGACACAGAACUGCCCACUUGCGCCUCCUCUCCUCAGCUGCAUGGAGCCCUGAACUGUGCCAGCGGCUGAAUUCUGCCUUUGGUUCUUCCGGCCACCUUGGAGGGGAAGGGGCUAGGAGGUUGGGAGGCUGCAGAGAGAAGUGAGCAAGGUGCUCUAGAACCUGUGCUCAUUUUACAAUUUUAUUGGUAAUUUGACCUGGAAUUUUUAUGAAACUUUUUUUUUUGGUCCUUUCUCCUACUUCUCCUUCCUAACAGACCCCUUCCUGUCUGGAUCCUGCAAAGAUAUGGGGUUUGUUGAGGGUAUUUGUGGAAACUGUUAUAGGGAAUGUCUCCGUGUUGUCCCAUUUACCCUCUCUAUUUCCCUAGGACAGCCUGGGGUCCCUGCUGGCUCAGGCUUUCUGGUGGCUGAAGGCCACCCUGGAGGAGGGUGCCACCCACCUCCUCCCCUGAAGUCCUUGGACAUCACCAGUGUGCCAGACAGAUAGGAGUGAGUGUGUGUGUAUGUGUGUGUGCACGUGCGUGAGUGCCCAGAUCUGUACCUGGGAUCGUGCAUUUGCAGGGCCAGGGGCAGGCAGGGUAUGGGAGAAGGGAGCCCUAAAGUGGCUCAAGAACCUUCCUUCUCCUUGGGCCUGCCCUGCCCAUUUUGAGCCUGCCAAAGUGCCUGGGAAGCCCAUCCAGAUUCUGAACCAGGCCCUCCACGGCCUGUCUCUGUUAGCUGGUUCCGGGAGGCAGAGAGGAGUGACCUGGGCACUGGCACAGCAAUCAGGAAGACUGGACCCCCUUCUCCCCAGUUAGUGCUAGUCCUAGGACCUCUGAGGCCGCUGAUGUACCGAAUAAUCUCUCUACUGCCCCUUCUCGCCAUUAUUAACCCAUUCUUGUUUGUUUUCCUUUAAUUUUUAGCCAUUUCUCAAUGGGUCACCUCUUAGCUCAUACUGGUGAACCCGAGCAGUUUGUAUUGACAAAGCUUUUGCAUUUCACGUGUCUCUCCUGGGCUCUGGGGGCAUCAGCCAGCUAUCCCUUGUGGGUACAGCCAGAGCCGCUGUGGUCCACCCUCAAAUUUCCAUCGUGUGGCCGGUGGGUGGUGGGGGGUCUUUGCACCAAAGAUGUCCCGACUUUGCCCCCUCACCCAUCAGCCACUUUGUCAUUACCCUAAACAACUCAGCUCUGUGUCCAGGUCAGUGGGAGGAGGGGUCUCCCUGGUAUUGGUGAGGAGCAGCUGGGGAGGGGUUCUCUGUGCCACAGCCCCCCAGCGCUGCUUCAGGAGUACUUCAGCUUUCCUGUUCCUCAGGGACAGGUGGUAGAGGGGCACCCAGGGUCAUUUUUGUGCAUGGGGGAAGGGCCCCGGUGUCCACAGCACCUCCUUCGUCUCUGAUGGUGUGUCCAGCACUCAGAUUGUUGUAUACUGUUGUUUUUACAAAAUUGUCUUUACUAAACAGAUUUAAUAGUU